AAUAAAAGAGAUCAAAGAUUGUCGAUAAACAAAUACAUCAUCUUCUGGAUCGUAACAAGUUGAAGACUCGAGUUGACCAGGCCCAGCCAACGCACGACGAUAGCUACGUUACUGCCGUGAAAAAGCAAUAGUCAUAGCGAUUUACGUCGCUAGUUCAAGGACCAGAAAGAUGCCGGUGCGGAUUAAUUGGCCUUUAUUGACGGCGACGGUCUGCCCCAAUAUUGGCGGCUUGUUCAGCGGAUUCAUCACCCAUCAGAACAUGAACUGGUACGAGACGCUGAAUAAAUCAAAGAUUAUUCCGCCCAACUGGGUAUUCGCACCUGUAUGGACCACCCUUUACUGUACAAUGGGCUACUCGUCGUACCUGGUGUGGCGAGAUGGGGGUGGCCUCCAGGAGGCGGCCGUACCUCUCAGUGUGUACGGUAUUAAUCUUGCUCUCAACUGGUCGUGGUCGCCUCUCUUCUUCGGGACUCACAACGUUAAAUGGGCUCUCUAUGAAAUUGUAGCGUUGUCGGUCAGUACGGCGACACUUGGGAUCGUAUUCUACAACGUCAAUCCUGUCGCUGGCUAUCUCAUCAUUCCCUACUUUGUGUGGACUUCUCUCGCCACAAUGUUCAACUAUGUCAUUUACCGGGAUAAUAAACAGCUCCCGGCUGAGAAGACUGAAGAGAAGAAGAAAUAAGAACAUUAAUAUAACAAAGAAAAAAGAAAGAAAGUGAUAAAUCUUUAAAAUUAAUAAAAUAAAUAAUGUCGCUAGUCAGAAAAUCACAAGGAUCGUUGAAAAAAAUGUAGUCGACCAAACUAGCCAGAAAUUUGUUUAUUAAUACGACGUUUCGACCAUAUGGUUGUGGUCCUUAUCAAGUAUAUACGAUGCAAUAAUAAUCAGGAGACAGGCAUAGAGGAUAAUCUUGCAAAACUGCACAAGUCACAUUAACAAAAAACGUUAUUUUUUACUCGAUUUGAAUUUGAGAGAAACUGAUGCGUCCGUUUGAGACUUUGUCAAGAAACUCUUGACGAAGUCUCAAACGGACGCAUCAGUUUCUCUCAAAUUCAAAUCGAGUAAAAAAUAACGUUUUUUGUUAAUGUGACUUGUGCAGUUUUGCAAGAUUAUCCUCUAUGCCUGUCUCCUGAUUAUUAUUGCAUCGUAUAUACUUGAUAAGGACCACAACCAUAUGGUCGAAACGUCGUAUUAAUAAACAAAUUUCUGGCUAGUUUGGUCGACUACAUUUUUUUUCAACGAUCCUUGUGAUAAAUCUUUGUUUAGAAAAAAAGCUAGCUUUUUAUGUCAGGAAAACGCAUCACACGAGAUCGAUUAUUGAUGGGCUCAACGGAUAACUUCAGUAAUUUUGAAUUAACAAUCUGAGCAAAAAUCGAAUAUUUACAUAUAUCAAAGAUGUUCUAUUUUAAUUUUUAUACCUAAUUCGAAAACAGCAUUUAGUUAAAUAGAAAGAGAAAAAUAUUUCUCCUCUGCAAAAUAUUUCUAUUAAAAUUACAUCGUUUUUUUUUUUUAGAUAACUUUAUCAUUGAGGGAACUUAUAAUGAACUAUAAAAAUCAAAUCUAGGAACGUCUUAACGGCUGCCACUAGAAAAAAACAUCUUUAAGAUUUGCGAGUAUUGCAAAUAUUGUUUUCAUCGUUUUUCUUUAUAUAAUUUGCACCAAUUUCUUUUUUUUAUAAUCAUUUAAAGAUGACAUGUGUAAAUUGCUAUCUAAAAUCAAAGCAAAUAAUGUGCAGCGACAAUCAAAAAAGCCUGAUUCGUUCUUUCUCGGACCUAGCUUCGAAGAAACGAAAGAGAGAUAAUCGAAUAUGCCCAUCAUUCGCUACUUUACUUUUGUACAAUUGUCAUUAUUGUUUGUUGACUACCACAGUCGUCGACGAGACGUGCCUUUGCAUUGAACGCACAACGCCGUUAGUAUACACAUGUUUAUUGAUCGAUAUACGAAAUAAAGAUUAGUUAAUCGAU